AUGUCGUCUGACGGAGGGUUUCAGUUGAUGUGGAAGAAAGGGUUGGUGACGAGGAUUGCUGUCGAUUUUGAUGCGGAAACGCGGAAAAGCGGAUUGAAAAUUGCCGCCUACGCGUCACCAAGAAUUUCUGACGGCGAGUGGAGCCACCACCAUGGUCACCAUUGGCCAUGGGAAUGGUCUUUGGCUCAAGGGAGUGGUAGACUCUACUUCAUCUUCAGCUUUGAGACCUCGACUCCCUUGGUCUUAUACACUUGGUCUUAUGCACUUACAUCGCUUUUUAUUUUCUCUCUCUUUUCUUCACACUGCCGCCUCCUCGCUCCAAAUCCUUUGACCGGUUCCAAGAAGCCUCCAUCACCACCCUCUUUCUUCUCCAUAGCCACUGCCGCCGCCCUCCUCCUUCCCCGCAGUAACGUUUCUAUUUUUUAG